AUGUACGAGAUCAUGCAGCACGACGCGCAGUGCCGGUUCACGUUCAGAAUGUCAGCAACGCAGAUCAUCCGAUUGCACGACCUUCUCACCGCAAGGUACGGCCUUUCAGGAACAUCUGGCUUCACUUCUAUGGAAGCGGUGGGUUUGUUCCUGUACAUGAUGAGUGGGGAGUCGAACAGAGAUGCCAACUCAUUCUUUACGAGAUCGAGCUCAACCAUUUCCCGCUACUUCAACUCUGUGCUCGCAAGCGUCAACGCGCUUGCGGCGGACAUCUUGAAGCCGGUAGACCACAACUUUGUUCAAGUUCAUGACGGACUGUUAGCGGAGGACGAUUUUCGACCGUUCUACGGUGCGGUGGGAGCGGUAGACGGGACCCACGUCGAAGUGCUUUCGCCAGGGCAGACCUCCUCGCAGCUGCAGCACAGGAACAGGCACCACCAAGUAACCUCCAAGAACGUGUUGGUCAUAUGUGACUUGGAUGGCAGGGUUCUAUUCUGUGACGCCGGAUGGCCAGGGUCGUUCCAUGACCGGCGUGUUCUAUCAGAUGCCAUUGAUUGUCGUGCUCACAGAUUUCCCAGCCUACCACUGUACUUCCUAGGCGACUCCGGAUAUCCAUGCAAGAUGGGCGUUCUUCCUCCAAUCCCCGGCUUCCCCGUUCCCAGGGACCGACGACAGAGCCGGGCCAGGCGCAGGGUGCCAGAAGGAAGGGAGCACCGCUUCAACGACGUUCACGCUAGCCUGCGCUCAGUCAUCAGGCGCCAGCUUGGGAUCGCGAAGGAGGAGUGGCGGAUACUGGAGAGGAUCCCGCACCACCCGGACCCGGGGUGGCAGCCGAGGGUUAUACGUGCCGCGUUCACGCUGCAUAACUUCAGCUGGGACAGCCGUGAUCCUGCGUUCAUGGAAACAUGCCCGCUGUACAACGGAUCAGCGCCGGUGCUUCCUGCGUGCCCGCCCUUCAGCUACAACUACUUUGCCAUCAACAGCGAGGAGGCAAUGGCUGCACUUCGUGGAUUGAUAGCUGAUGCGCUUAUGCGGUACUAGAGACCGUGCUGUGCUGUGCUAUCAUGAUUUAUCGUAUGCGUUCGAUCUUGCACGCGUACGUACAGAGAAUGUUUUUCUGGCUAAUUUCUUUGGCGAACCGAUCUAGCUAGCUUCUUGCUGGGGUGAAAAUGUAUUGCUGUAAUGCAGAAGCUUUUGGGUUCACAAUGACCCGCACGAUGGCUGUCCUUGUGACCUUGCAAUACAGAGAAUCAGUUCUUCCA